AAUGGCAUCACGAUCGAAAUGUAUUCGCCCAAAAAUACUGCAUAUACUCUAUUGGCUGCCGGUGUAGUAACUCUCAAACCCCUUCUACAGAAAGCUGAAUCAGCGCAAAAGGUCCUUCCUAUAGAAAUUCCUUUCGAUAGUGGACCAUUCGAAGAGCUCACCGUCAUGGUGCACAGGUGUACGGGUCUCGAUAAUCUGAAACGAGGUGAGCUUGAAGUAUGCGUCAUCUACGAGUUCUUCUCAUUCUCGCCAUACUUCACAAAUUAUGUGACGUCGUCAAAAACAGCGAUUCAACCUGCGAUACGUGCUGGCGGUGCCCUCGAAGCGCUCCCCCGUCCUAACCUCUGGAAACGGUAUUCCACAGCACAAACGUCUUCACACAUACUCCAUAUUGACACUUUGAGUUGA